AUGAAAACGGGGUUUCUUCCAAUUUCAAUAAACAGGGAGGUGGAAAAAGCUGGGAUUCCAAAAAGAAAGAGAGCAAUGUUCAGUCUUCUUGUGCACAGCAAGGGGACUCAACCUGGAAAGAUAGCAAAGAGUUAUUUAACAGGCAAGGAAGGCUGGUGUUGGAGUUCCGUCAAGGCUAAUAAUAGCACAAAUUCUGGUGGUUGGAGCACAGGUAAGGCUAAUGUAGACGGUGUUUCCAAUAGUUGGAGGUCUCAAAAGGAAGAGAAGCCUCAGCCAAAGAGUAACGACAGAAGUGUCGGUGACGGGAAUUUCGAUAAGGAUGCUAAAGAAGAAGGUCUGAGUAGCUGGGAUGCCAAAAAGGUAGAGCGAAAAACUCAAUCUUCCUGGGGACAGCCUAGUGAAUCAAAGAAUUCUGCACAAAGUAGUGCUGAUCAUUGGGGUUUUGACAAGUCAAAUCAGCUUGGGAAAUCAUCUGGUUGGGGUUCUGAAGAUACAAACGCUGGCAAGGACAGUGAGAAACAAGAUUCAUGGGGGAAAUCCAAUCCUGGCGGGUCAGGGUGGAAUAAAAAGCAGCCUGAAGGAGGUCGUGGCUGGGGCUCUUCAAACACUGGAGAAUGGAAGAGCAGGAAGACUCAGAAUCAAAAUCAGAAUCAAAAUCAGAAUCAAAAUCAAAAUCGACCUCCGAGAGGACCAAAUGACCAUUCUCCGAGGGUUGCAUUAACUGCUACUAGAAAACGAAUGGACGAGUUCCCUACUAUCUCAACCCCUACUGAUAGAACCCCUACUAUUUCAACCCCUACUAUCGCAACCCCUACUGAUAGAACCCCUACUGUCUCAACCCCUACUAUCUCAACCCCUACUGAUAAAACCCCUACUCGAGAUUCUGAAAAUCUGGAAGGAACAAGUGCCUGGAAUGAUAAACUGCAAAAAGAAAACAGAUCGUUUUCAAAACAGAGCCAACCAGCAAGCUCCAAAGACUGGGAUUCUACUGGAAAUGUUACAACUGGCAAUACUGGUUUUGGAGUGGAAAAAGGAAACGAAAAGCCUUGGGACGUUGCUAGCAACGUUAGUGUUAAAAAGUCUACUUGGGGACAAACUGGUGGUAAUUCUUGGAAGAAGAAUGAACAAGAUGAAAAAGAUGGUGAUCCACAGGGUCUGCCCUGGGGUAAAAGUCACAAGAGUUCUGAUAGUUGGACCUCUGGUCAGGGUAACCAGCACCCUGUUUCCCAAGGGGCAAGGAAUCCUGGUGGUUGGAGUUCUGUCAAGGCUAAUAAUAGCACAAAUUCUGGUGGUUGGAGCACAGGUAAGGCCAAUGUAGACGAUGUUUCCAGUAGUUGGGGGUCUCAAAAGGAAGACAAGCCUCAGCCAAAGAGUAACGACAGAAGUGUUGGUGACGGGAAUUUCGAUAAGGAUGCUAAAGAAGAAGGUCUGAGUAGAUGGGAUGCCAAAAAGUCAAAUCAGCCUGGGAAAUCAUCUGGUUGGGGUUCUGAAGAUACCAACGCUGGCAAGGACAGUGAGAAACAAGAUUCCUGGGGGAAAUCCAAUGUUUCAACAUGGAAGAAAGAAUCUGGUGAAAAGUUGCAUGGUUCUGAUGAUUCACAAUCACCUUGGGGACAGCUUGGCGGGUCAGGGUGGAAUAAAAAGCAGCCUGAAGGAGGUCGUGGCUGGGGCUCCUCAAACACUGGAGAAUGGAAGAGCGGGAAGACCCAGAAUCAAAAUCAGAAUCAAAAUCAGAAUCGACCUCCGAGAGGACCAAAUGACGAUUCUUCGAGGGUUACAUUAACUGCUACUAGAAAACGAAUGGACGAGUUCCCUACUAUCUCAACCCCUACUGAUAGAACGCCUACUAUUUCAACCCCUACUAUCUCAACCCCUACUGAUAGAACCCCUACUGUCUCAACCCCUACUAUCUCAACCCCUACUGAUAAAACCCCUACUGUAUCAGCCCCUACUAUCUCAACCCUUACUGAUAGAACCCCUACUAUCUCAAUCCCUACUGAUAGAACCCCUACUGAUUGA